AUGCCCGUCGUUGGGAUAUCUCCAUUUGAGUCUUACAAGUCACUGACUCCUCUACAGCACAGGGACUUUGCGUUUCAAGUGGCAACGCCAACUGGCUGGAAUGUUUGUAUCUGCAAUGAUGCCAUGAUCAGGGAGUACCUCAAUGCUUCAGAUGAGUACCUAUCUUCCACAGCUCCAAUUCAAGGGUUUUUUCAAUCCAGAUUUACGGCUCCUGGACUAUUUCAUAAAAUACCGAGCUCAAUGAUGAGCAAAGCACUUACCUGGUCUCGAACCCGCACCAGGUCAGGGGAUGAAUACUUUCCAAGCUUCAUCGAGGAGAUUCAGCACUCAUUUGAACAAGAGAUUAAUAAUCACCUGCAGAGCGAUGGUGACUGGAAUCAAUUCGACUGUUAUACGAUCGCCAGCCGCCUUGUGAUGGGCCUUGUUGCAAAGUUACUAGCAGGGGACGAGUGUCGCAAUCCAGAGAGCAUCGACCUUUUCUGUGAUUAUACAGCCGAAAUGCUUGUCGGAGGCCCAUAUAUUCGCAGAUUCCCCGACUUCAUAAAACCGUAA